UGAUUUACCUUUACUUAUAUUUUUGAAUUUAUUUGUAUUCUAGUUGCUAAGGGGGAAGGAGAAAAGGAAGAAGCUCCUUCUUUACCACAACAUCUUGGACCUUACCAAACGAUCUAAAUCAGUUUGUUUGCAAAAAUUUCAUUUGCCAGCAUUCACUGGAAAUUGAGAUCUAAAAUUCAUUAAAUCAAUCUCUCGGGCCAAACCAUGCCCUGUACUUUAAUGAUUCUUCAAUUUUAGUGGUUGAAUUUUCAGAAUUUUAUAAAUCGUGGUUUUUAAAGACAAAACAAGCUGCCUGUCGGGUCUGGGGUUUUUUUUCCAUAGGAAACUCUCCUUCACUUGUUAAUUAUUCACUAAUCAUUGAAUUUAAAACAGUUUCUUAUCCUUGAGUUAAUUAAUUCCAGUGAUUACUAAUCAAAAGAAUCAUCAACCUCAUCGAAUGUCCUUUUUUUCAACCAAAUUUCUCAUCCCAAUUGUAACUUUGGUAAAGUACAAAGUCAAUAUAAACUCAUUGAAAGAGACAAAUAAAAAAAUGGAUCCAUCUUUGUUAAUUGUUACUCUUGGUACCAAAUUGGGACUUUGCGUUUAAUGGAUUGGACAAUCAACUAACAAGAUAUUGGUUCACAUCAAGAAUAUAUUACAUUUUGUUGAGGUCUAAAUUUACCGUUGGUAGUAAAACAAACAAACAAAUCACCAAUGAUGGUCAAGGAAAACCCCGAAAGUAAUGGUCAAGAACCGAUUGAAACAUCAGCAAUCAACAUAACUAAAAAUUAACCGUUACAAUAACAACACAACGAGUUACCUAAUUGAUUUGAUUAUUCCCAUAGACUGAUUGAUGAUCAAGCUUUUAUUGCUCUUCUUUUGGAAACAAUUUAACUAUUCAAGAAUUUAAAAUGUGAUGAUGAUAAUGAUGAAUAAUAUUCUGGAUUCAUGGGAUGGGCUUGAAUUGAACUGGAAAUCCGGUUUUCUAUUUACAUACCAGAACAAUGUGGAAGAUUAAAGAUUAAGAGGAUAAAAUAGCUUAUGGAUAAAAUGAGAUUGAGGUUCAAGGUGGAAAAUAAAUUGUUCAGAUGAACCUGGUUAAAGAAAUGAGGAUCAAGAUGAGGAUGGAGUAAAAGGGAUGGUGAAGGUAAAUUAAGGGCAAAAGUCGGAGAAACAAGUAAACAUUUUAUAUGGAAAAAAGUAUCAAAAAGAAAUGUAAACAUUAAAGGAUUUAAUUGAUGAAACUUAAUCAAAGGAAAUGGAGAUUAAAUUUCGUCAUCGUUUCCCUUUUAAAUGAUUUCUGAUUCUAUCCCGAAUUAGGUUUAUCUUAAUCAAACAAUUUGAUUACGUCUAUUGUCUCAGGUAAGAUUGUCUUGAUUCCUCCUCCAUUUGGAAGUUUUCUGAGUGAAACACCCAAUAGAAGGAGAGACAGAGAAAAAGAGAGAGAAAGAGAGAGAGAGAGACCGAAAGAGAGAAAGAUGAAGAAAAGGAUGAGAAAAAAGCUUUUGACCUGAGCCAAAGCUCUAAGAAUCAGGUUGUGAGGGAGAGAGAGAGAGCGAACGAGCGAUAGAAAAGAAAGAGAGAGAAUGAUGAUAACGAGAGAGAAAAGAGAGAGAGAGAGAGACCAGAGUGAGCUCGUCAGAACGGCAAGAGUUGUAGUUGAAAUGUUAUUCAAUCUGAUUCUGGUGGCGAAUGCAAGUUGAUGUUUUGUGUCGUGUUUGUAACGUUAAUUUUGUUUCUUUCAUUCAGUUCACAGAAUAGAAAAAGAAAAAAAGUUUUGUGAAUAAGAAAAGAGAGAAAAUAUAAAAUAGAAAAAGAAUAUUCUUUUUUUUUGUUAAUAUUCCAAUUGAUUUUCUUCUUCAAUUACCAUCACCAUGUUGUCCUCAAAUGGUUCCGAUGGUAAUCACUCCAAACCUUUGCGAUUACGUCGAGUUAAUCAUUCGGAUGAAGUUGUGAUCGGUUUUAGUAAACUUCUUAAAACCGAAUCAAUGACCGAUGUAACUUUAAUUUGUUCCGGUGGUCAAACCAUUCGAGCUCAUCGGGUUAUCCUUUCAACAUUUUCCCCCUAUUUCCGGGCCAUCUUUGAAUCUCAACCUUUCUCCAACAAUCCCUGCCAGUAUCCGGUCAUUGUAAUCAAAGACUUGGCUCUUAGUGAAUUAAGAACCAUCGUUGAGUUUAUUUACAAAGGUGAAGUUUCAGUGUCAAGGGAUAAAUUAUCAAUGGUCCUUCAAGCGGCCAAGGAGCUUGAGGUGUCCGGCUUAUCGGAUCUCAAAGUCGAUGGUCAUAAAUGUAGUGUUCAAAUGCAACUGAGUGAUGACCAGUGUAGUAUUAAUAGUAGUGGUCGACGGAAAAGUAAAACACCAAGGAAAACAAUUACUUCUGAUUAUAUUGGAUACAUGUAUCAAAAUGGUGGCGGUGGGUUAACAGAUAAACAUGAUAAUGAUGAUGAUACAAUUAUCUUAAAGUCAACCAUUGAUGAUGUUAGUGAUUAUAUUGAUGAAGAUGAUAUGAAUGGUGAUCAUGAUGAUGUUUAUGAGACAAAUAAUGGAGGUGGAAUUGAUCGAGAUAUGAUCUUCCAACGUCAACAGCAAUUACGAUUACAACAAUUACAACAACAAUCUAAAUAUCAUCAUCAUCAUUCACAACAAUCACAACAGCAAAAGUAUCAGCAACAAAUUCAGCUUCAAUUGUUACAAGAGCAACAAGAGGCCAAAUUAAUUGAACUUCAUCAACAAUUACGCCAAGUAUCUGGAUUAGGAUCUUCUAAUGAUACAAUUAUACCCGAUCAAGAUGAUUCAACGCCAGGAUUAAAUUGCUCCGAUGGUUAUGGUGAUGAUAGUUUCCCUUUAAUAACUGACCUUAGAACCGUUAAUUCAUCAACGGGUAAUCAUAACAAUAGCCUUUUAACCAAUGGUAAUGGUCAUCAUGAUAAUAACAAAAACGCCUCGGGUAAUAAUAAUAAUAACAAUAGUAACGGUGAUGGGUCAAGUGUCACAGGUAACGGUAAACCAGCAACACCUGAUUUCCUUCAACCUCGAGGUCCAGGUAGACCUCGAAAGGGAAACAAAUCAAAUGACAUCAGCCCGUGUCCCGAAUGUAAUAAAGUUUUCGUCCGACCCGAUGUACUUAAACUUCAUUAUCGAAGUGUCCAUCUAAACGAAAGGCAUCCAUGUAAUAUGUGUCCCAAAAUUUUCAAAUGGCCUGGUGACCUUUCCAAACACAAGCGAACCAAACACUCCGAGCAAAUGGCCGCUCUCAACGCAAAAAUGGCCGCAGCAAUUAGUUAAUCAUAAUUUCACAACACCAUAAUGACACAAAAAUUAACUAUAUGAACUAUUGAUGAACAAACCAAUUUAAAAGAAGAGGAAGAAAAAAAUUAAGACAUAAUUAUAAUUCAUUGUUAACUUAAUUGUCGUUAAUGUUGACAUACAUAUAUUUUUUUCCUCUCUCUCUCUCCAUCAUCAUCAUUAUCAUCUCCAUCUUCAUCUAUUAUUUUUCUUGUCCACCUCAAUCAUCAUCAUCAUUAUCAUCACCAAAAUUACGGAUAAUUAACCUUCAUCAUUUAAAUCAACAAUUGUUAAUUUGUGUUUCCAAAGCUUCACAAUUUUUUAAGACUCACCAAAAGUGUUUUUUUUUGUAAUAUUAUUUAUCUCAAGACUAAUUGCUAAUUACCUCGAAAACUGUUGUUCAAAAAACGAUUAAUUAACUUUUUUUUGGGACACAAUCACAAUAUAUAUCAUCAUCUCUCUAUCGUACAUAUAAAUAUAAACACAAUUUAUUAAUCAUCAUCUCAUUUGGUUGGAUUAGAGCCCAGAGAUUAUCCUGAUUUGUUUGAGAAUCAAAAAUUUUGUAUCUAAAUUUAUAUCUUUUUAUUUUGAAGGAACUGAGAAAAUGACUACACACAAAUGUACCUUAAUUACUGCUUGAAAUCCUAGUGAAAAAAUCAAAUCAUUAAGUCAAUUUAAUUAUUAACAAUCACAUUGACGAUGUGUUAAUUGUGAUUAACUUAAAUUCAAUCACAUUACCAAUUUAUAUACAAAGUGACUUAAUUGUUAUCUGACCAAAAAAUUGUUUCAUUUAUUUUAUUAUUAUUUUUUUUUUGGUUUUCUUGAAUCUCUGAUUAUUUUUUUAUCAUCAAUAUCAUCACACUCACAAUUAACAAUAACAAUUAAUUCAACAAUUUAUAUUUUGUAUGACAAUUUAUUUUUUUUUAAUUCAAAAGUCUAUGAUGAUUAACUAAUAACAAUUAUAUUUAAUAAUCUCCCACCGUUCAAAUUGCAAACCCUUUGAAAGAUUAACUUUAUUCAUUAUGUUGAUUAACUAAUUUGAUUAAGUUGAAUGAGUUUAAAUCAAUUAUUAUUAUUAAUUGUUGUAAAUACUAAUCUAGUAAUUAAUUUGAUAUUUUUUAACAUCAACACUUAACCGUUGUUGUUGUUUAUUUAAUUGUCACUUGAUCAUCUUUAAAUUAAUUGAAUCUUUAAUUCAACCAUAAUUAAAAAUUGAUGCAAAAUAAAUUAAUCAAAGUUAAUUGUUGAAAGAAAUUAUAUUUUUCAUAACUAAAUCAAUCAACCAAUUGGGUUUAUUAUUAUCAUUAUUUCAAUCACUUAAUUGUCAUUUUGAUUAUCUUGUAAAUUGUUGAUAUCGCAAUCAUGUAAUCAACUGGAUUGAAAGUUUUUUAAUCAACAAUCAAAGUGACACAUUGAUUUAAGUCCAGUUCAUUUUAAUUGUUGGAAAUAAAUUUAAAUUGUUAUCAUUUUCAAUUGAGCGAAGUGAUUAACUGUAUCUUUAACUUUGUCGGUCGUUAAUUGUUGAUAAAUUGCAACUCAGACCAGCGACUGAUUAAUUUUGUAAUCGUAAAUUG